UUUAAAGGUGAAGGGAGAUGAUAUCAAAAGAGGUGUUGCCAUUUGCUAAAACUGGAAAGCGUUGAAAAGUUAUCUGAUACAGACGACCUCGAAUAAAAACUUGCAUAAAAAGAUCAACGUAGUUGAACAUAUACUUUGUUCUAGAGUUCACUGGUGAAAUGUACCGUUCAUGACCGAAUCAUCAGUCGAAUGUUUCAAUCAUUUUAUAAUUUUUGGGAGUCGAAACUGAAACACAUAUGGGGAUCUCUCAAGAUACUAUUAAUGGCGGAGUGGCCAUUACGGCCUGUUGCUCCCUCUUUGGUCUCUUCAUGGGAACAGUCAGGCUGUCCAGUCUGCUGUUUGUGGCUUGCAUCAGCCGCUACAAUGUCGAUAGGCAACAAGCUUCUUUCCCCUUCGUCCUUGCCUUUGCAGUCAGGAACAUUAUAGGUCCUGUAGCUGGAUUUUUGGGGAAACAGUUUGGAAUAAGAACAGUUACUAUUGUUGGAGUUUUACUAUCGGCUGCUUCUAUUGGAGGGUGUUUUUUUGCUGAAGACAUGCUUACAGUUACAUUUUUAUGGGGAGUUGGACAUGGUACCGGUUAUGGAUUUGGAACUCUUUUAUUGCCACAUUACUUAAGCAUGCACUUUUCAAAACAUUUGGAUAAGGCAAAUGGGAUAACGCUCGCAGGUGAAUGUGUUACCUAUUUUCUACUUUCUGUCCUGACUGAAUACCUUCUCGACACGUUUGGACUUUCUGGAACAUUCCUGGUUCUAUCUGGAAUAAUGUUGAACGGUUUACUGGCUGCCUUGCUUUUAAAAGACUCCACUAAAACAGCUGGUCAAGAACAUUCCGGAUCUUGCGUAGAGAAGAACAAUUCACAAGUAAAAUCCAAUAAUCUAGAAGAUUAUUCUGGCAAUAAAGCUGAUAAGCAGCAAAAACCAUCAAUGAAUAUUUUCUCAGUAUUCUUGGACCCUGUGUACAUUCUCAUAGUUAUCACCCAAAGUAUUAUGCUGUACCUGUUCUCAACGACAACGACAAUUCUUAUCGAUGUCUCCAGGGACCACGGUGUUUCCCUUGAUAAUGAAGUCUAUCUUUUUCUAUGUCUUUCCGUCGGCGAUUUCAUGGGGCGGACUUUCCUGGGGUCUGUCACCGACGCAGGCUAUCUGACGAAGAUGAAUUUCUCUGCUGUAUGUUUUGUGGGUAUCGGGAUCCUGUAUGUUGCGUGCACAUUGUUGAAAAAUUUCGUUAUGAUGAUGAUAUUUUCUUACUUCUUCGGUCUUUUUGUCGGAGGUCUGCUUAUGAUCAGCCCAGGAGUUGUAACCUUCUACGUGGAUAAACAGUACCUCAGUGUAGCGAUAGCUUCAAGACUGGUUUUAUAUCCUCCUAUUAGCUUCACACAAUCUCCUCUAAUAGGAUACUGCCGGGAUAUCUUGGAAUCGUACAAUAUUUUGUUCUUCAUACUAAUGGGUCUUUGCUGUGUCUGUUGCAUUAUGUCAUUACUGAUUCCUCCAAUCGUCAAAUACAGGGAUGGUAAAAAGGAAUCUUUGCAGAAAGAAGCUCCUAUCCUACUAAGCGAAAAGGAAUGAAGACAAAGUCUUUGAUAUUCUGUUCCUAAACAACUUUGUAAACUAUGAAAUGAAUAUGCACCAGUCAAGAACUGCAUAUAGUAUAAUUUCUUGUUUGAUACCAACUAUAACAAUCGUAGUCAUAAGACUCAGGAAUUGCCGUUUUUAAGAACUUACUUUUAAUAUUAACUAAGAAGUUGAAUUUUUUGCUUUUUGUUAUUGUUUUCCUUUUAGUAUUUAAAUAAUAACUAGUCAAAAAGCAAGAAAAGGAAAGAAGCGAUGCAUUUAAAGAAAAAAACGGAAACAUUUGUUUUUCCCUAGUUAUACAUUGCGAAGUUUUAGUAUUUCCUAACCUUAUUCAAAGUCUGCAAUCUAAAACAUCGAAAAUCUAUUUUGAAAUGUGGAUUACUUGCUGAAAAUUGUAAAAAAAUCGAAGAAAAGUUGACAACCUGAUGUUUAUCUCUGGAAUGUAGCAUUUAGAAAAAUAAUUAAAAAAAAAUUAUGAAGACUUAAGAAUAUCAGUGAUAAAAAUCCAGAACCUUAUUUUAGAACAAAUAUGUUUUGCCCAAUGAUAGAUUCUAGUUGAACACAGCAAAAGAGAAAAAAAAAUCACAACAACUCAUUUAAUUUUAUGCAAAAAAUUUCCCAGAAAUUACGGCCUAAUCUCAAUUAUCUUUAAGUAAUACAUCAUUUAAAAAUAAAUUUUAAAAGAAAAAAAAUUUAAAAAUAAAUAGUAGCGUCAAAGGAUUAGUAGAAUUACUGGGAAUAAGUCAUUGUUCAUUUUCUUUGAUGUAUGCAUAUCACGUAUUAUGUAUUUAAUGUUUCUGGCGAUUGUAGUCAAUUGUUGAAUUACUAUUCUCAACACUGAAAUCAAUAAAAGAUCAUUUGCGAACAACAAAGGCUGAUCUAUGCAGUUUUACUCUUAAUUGAAAAUAAUCGAUAUGAAAGUCAACAAAUUGAUCUUGACAAUGACCUUGACCUGAUUAAUUAUUCAA